AAUAUUUCUGAUGCCAUCAGGUUUUGCAGUGAACUCAGGUGGGUUGCAGCAGAGUGAAACGGUGUUGGGGUCAAAGCCUCCCAGUUGUGUGAACAAGUGCUUGAGUUGCAGGCCUUGCAUGGCUACUCUUGUCAUUCCUACACACAAAUGGAAGAAAAACUUCGAAAAAGUAACGUAUCGUGGCGAUGAAGAUGAAAGCUAUUAUCUCCUGGCGUGGAAAUGCAAAUGUGGGGAUGCGCUCUUUCAACCUUGAUCGUAUCACCAU